CUUGAUCGUGAUGCUCAAAGACUCAGAGAUCUUGGUUACAAGCAAGAGUUCAAGCGAGAAAUCAGUCUUUUUGUCCAGGCUGGCUUUUCUUUCUCCACAAUGGCUGUCUUGCCCAAUUGGCUAGUUGGUUUUGGUGGAUGUCUAAGUGCGGGUGGCCCGAGUUCUCUUUUCUGGGGAUGGGUUGUUGUAGUUCCUUUUGUUGCAUGUAUUGGAUUGUCUAUGGCUGAGGUCAUUUCAGCUUACCCGCUGGCGGGUGGAAUUUAUUCUUGGUGUUACAUGCUCAGUAACAAGAAAUGGGCUCCUUUCAUGGCAUGGAUCAGUGGUUACCUUUACUUGACUGGUUUAAUUACGGCCAACAUGACACUCGCUUGGUCUGCAACAGAUUUUAUUUAUGGUAUUGCUAAUCUUUAUCUGGAGACUCAAAUCACAUCUCAAGGCGCAUUUGUUGGUCUUUACUGUGGUAUGUUUGUUCUUGCUACUGGUUACAACUGCCUUGGAAUGAAAUUCAGUACCUAUCUCAACAAGUUCAUGGUAUUUUGGGUUUUUAUUGGUACUAUCAUUGUUGUUAUUACUGUUCCUGUCAUGGCCCCAACCCACACCUCUGCAAAGUGGGUUUUUACUGAAUUCAUGAAUGGCACUGGUUAUGACAACUUGGGACUUGUAUUUUUCCUUGGACUUCUCCAAGCCGGUUGGACAUUGGUUGGAUAUGAAUGUGGUGCUCAGAUUGUUGAAGGAACCAAGAACGCCGAGGUUGCAGCACCGCGUGGAAUUAUUCUAUGUAUUGGAAGUGCAAUCGUACAAGGAUUUGUGCUUAUUAUUGCGGUCCUGUUCUCUAUCCAAGACGUGGAUGAGCUUCUUGAGUCUCCUAUGCCGAUUGCCACAUUCUUUUUGCGAUCGACUUCUAAACCCCUGACUGCGUUCUUUUUGGUGAUUUUGCUAGUAGCCCAGUUUGGCUCGUUGUGCAACUCAAUUCUUGCCACUGGCCACCUCUUUUGGGCCCUUGCUCGUGAUGGCUGUGUUCCUUUUCACAGAUCGCUUUAUCAAUUGUCAGAUAACCAUAUUCCUGUUCGUGCCCUAAUUUUACAAAUGGCGAUUUCUAUUAUUGUCAUUAUGCCUUCUUUUGGAACCAUGAUUUAUUGGAAAGCUAUUAUGAGCACUGCAGUAAUUUGUAUUAAUAUCUCAUAUGGUCUUCCUCUCGUUUGCCGCUUGAUUUGGACUCGAAAGGAUAUGCCCAAGGGUCCUUUUAAUCUCCAUGGCUGGAGUAUCCCAUUAAACAUCUUGAGUGUAUUUUGGAUUUUGUUCUUUGGUGUUAUUUUGUGUGUUCCCUCUUAUCACCCUGUGGAGGCAGAGACCAUGAAUUGGGCAAGUUUGAUGAUAGGUGCGGUAUCGAUCUUUGCCUUGUGUUUCUGGUUUAUCUCUGGUCGAAAGAACUAUAAAGGACCAGUU